AUGGAUGACUUGGAGUCAGAGUUUAAUCUGAAGGUUGUCCUGCUCAGUUUCAAGCAGUGUCUCAACGAGAAGGAAGAGGUGCUGCUGGGCCACUACCUUGCCAGCUGGAGGGGGCUGGUUAGGUUCCUGAACAGCCUGGGCACCAUCUUCUCGUUCAUCUCCAAGGACGUGGUGGCGAAGCUGCAGAUCAUGGAGCAGCUGUGCGGCGGCCCCCAGCAGGAGCACUACAGCACCCUGCAGGCCAUGGUGGCCUACGAGGUGGGCAGCCAGCUGGUGGACCUGGAGAGGCGCUCCCGCCACCCCGACUCGGGCUGCCGGACGGUGCUGCGGCUGCACCGCGCCCUGCACUGGCUGCAGCUCUUCCUGGAGGGCAUCCGCACCAGCCCUGAGGACGCGCGCACCGCCGCGCUCUGCACUGACUCUUACAAUGCCUCGCUGGCCGCCUACCACCCUUGGAUCAUCCGCCGCGCCGUCACCGUGGCCUUCUGUGCACUGCCCACACGCAAGGUCUUCCUGGAGACCAUGAACGUGGGGUCCCCCGAGCAGGCUGUGGAGAUGCUGGGCGAGGCCCUGCCCUUCAUCGAACGCGUCUAUGACAUCUCCCAGAGGCUCUACGCCGAGCACGCCCUGCUGGACCUACCCUAG